AUGUGGAGUCCGGCUGCAUUACUGAACCCGAGUAAGGACGGGGCUAUCCCGCCGGCCAGGCCACAGUCUGCCGGGGCCAUUCCCUCCUCCUCUACUCGCUUUCCUGCGCCGGCGCAGCCAGAGAUGUCGUUCCAAUUCGCUAGCCCGGGCGAGUCCCUUGCUGUCGACUUCGCCGGCAUCCCCGCCGCGUCGUCUGCCACCGCCAGCACCCGGAAUAUUCCGCUUCACCAUCCGCCGACCAUGCCCAUCUUCCAGAACGGAUUUGGCCAGAACAUUGAUCGUCUGUAUAAUGUGCAAGACCGCGUCAAUGUGCCUCAGCCGAAGCGCAGGAAGACCAUGAACGAGAAUGACUCGUCUCCGUCGCCCUCGACACACAACUCGUUCUCCUCCGGCACAGGCAACAGCAUCCUGAGUCAACACAUCAAGCAGCAGCAGCUCGGAGACUCCAACCAACCCAGACCAUCGCAGCAGCCGCGCGAAAUGAUUGAUUUGACCGAGGGCGACUCCGGGCCAGUCACGCCGGCCCAGACGCCCAAGGAUCCCAUCAAGGACGAGGAAGUCUGUUACGGAAUGGUUGAGGGCGCCUCGAUUAACUGUCACAAGGUUCCGGCUCCGAAACCCGGCAUGGUGUCGAUUAAUGGCGACGGUUAUUGGCCGCUGGUCAAAGUUGUGCUGAAGCGAAAGGCGGACGACCAGACGAACAAAAUCUACGUCUACGACCACACUCGCCAGAUCUUUGGGACGGUCGAUGCCAAGACUGCAGAGUGCCUAGCUCCUCUCCUGGAUUCAAAGCUGCAGAUCCGGACAGACUGCCGGAUCCCCCUGAGACGGAAACUGCCCGGGGAGCAAGUCGGCCAGUCGGUUUCGCUGAGUUACAAGUUCGAACUGAUGCUUUAUGGACCUCGCAAGUACGCCAACCAAGUCGGCAACCACCUGCUCUCGAGGAAAGUACACCUCGUGAGCCCGCCACGGGUGGAGAGCGGUGUCAAGGUUUACAACCCCAUAAAGGAGAACAGACUUCCCGUCGUCGCUCGCUUCAAUACCCCUGCGAGCAGUUCUCAGACACGCCCACCGCCUGUCAUGCGCACGGUAGAGGAAAUCCGCUCCGAAGUCUUGGGAGUCUUUGACUCUCUUCCAAAGUCCGAGGAGCUACCCGAGGCGGACCCUGAUCCGCGUAUCGUGACACCUUUGCUCAAGCAUCAGCGGCAAGCCCUCUUCUUCAUGACUGCCCGGGAGUCUGAGCAGUUGCCAGAUGCCGGCAGCGGUCUGAUCACGUCCACUUGGCAGCGCAAGGAAGACCGACACGGCUCCGUCGUUUAUUACAACGUCGUCACCAAUCAAACCCAGCGAGAGCCGCCCCCGCCGACGCUGGGUGGCAUCCUGGCCGAUAUGAUGGGUUUGGGCAAAACGUUGAGCGUGCUGUCGCUUAUCACUACAACUCUUGACGCUGCCGAGCGGUGGUCACAGCUUCCACCUGUCCAGCCCAGGGCACCUGAGCGACGAAGCCAGCACCCUUUCCAACAGUUCGAUGUGCCGAGACCAGCAUCCUUUGACCUGACGCCGGUGCGACUGAAUGCAAAGGCAUCCCUGCUUGUCUGCCCGUUGAGCACCGUCACCAACUGGGAAGAGCAGAUCAAGCAACACAUCAAGCCGGACUCAUUCACGUACUACAUCUACCAUGGGCCUAACCGCAACAAGGACGUCGAGCAACUGGCCAACUUCGACUUGGUCAUUACCACCUACGGCUCUGUUGUCAGCGAGCUCAACGCGCGCAUCAAGAGGAAGCGGGGCGUCUUUCCACUCGAGGAGAUCGCUUGGUUCCGCAUCGUUCUCGACGAAGCCCACACCAUCCGCGAGCAGAAUACCCUGGGAUUUAAAUCAAUUUGCCGCUUGCAGGCGAACCGCCGCUGGGCCGUCACCGGAACCCCGGUCCAGAACAAGCUGGAGGAUCUCGCCGCCCUUCUUGCGUUCUUGCGGCUGAAGCCCUUUGACGAGAAGAGCAAGUUCUUGCAGUUCAUCAUUCAGCCCUUCAAAAUGGCGGACCCAGAAAUUGUACCCAAACUUCGCGUUCUCAUUGAUACGAUUACUCUGCGACGGCUCAAGGACAAGAUCCGCCUUCCUGAGCGCACCGACGAGGUCAUCAAGCUCGAGUUCAGCCCCGAGGAGCGGCAGGUUUACGACUGGUUCGCAAAGAAUGCUUCGGACCGGGUCCGAGCCUUGACCGGUCAAGCCAUAGGCCAAGAUCGUAUCGUGGGUGGUAGAACCAUGAUACACAUUCUGCGAUCCAUUUUGCAACUCCGCUUGAUCUGCGCCCACGGCAAGGACCUCCUCAACGAUGACGAUCUCGCUGACAUUCAGGGCAUGACCCCCGACACACCCAUCGACCUCGACAGCGACGACGAAGACCAGAAGCCUGUGUUGCAGGAGAAGAAGGCAUACGAGAUGCUGUAUUUGAUGCAGGAGGGCAACAGUGACAACUGCUCCAGGUGCAACGGCAAGCUGGGGGCGGCCGAGGUGGACGACCCAGAGUCCGAUCGCCAGGACGACAUUCUCGGCUACAUGGCACGAUGUUUCCACACGUACUGCCCGUCCUGCAUUAAGUUGGUGCCGAAUGAGCAGGACGGCUGUGGUGUGUGCGCCCGGCUCGACAAGUGUUCCUAUGUCGAACUGCGACGCAAGCGCGCCGACCUGGAGCACGAAUCUCGUGUGGCCAAGAACAAGGGAGGUACAGGCAAGAUCAUUCCCGACGAUCGAUACAACGGGCCACACACCAAGACUCGCGCUCUUAUUGAAGAAUUGCUUGCGAACAAGGAAAAGAGCGCCAUGUGUCCCAACGAGCGCCCGUUGAAGUCCGUCGUCUUUUCGGGUUGGACUUCGCACCUCGACCUUAUCCAGAUCGCCCUGGAUAAUGCGGGCAUAACGUAUACCAGACUGGACGGUAAAAUGUCCCGCACAGCCCGCAACGCCGCCAUGGAUGCGUUUCGCGACGACGACUCGGUGCAGGUCAUUUUGGUCAGCAUCAUGGCCGGCGGCCUGGGCCUCAACUUGACGGCUGGUAACAGCGUCUACGUCAUGGAGCCGCAGUUCAACCCGGCUGCUGAGGCACAAGCCGUCGACCGUGUGCACCGUCUGGGCCAGACGCGCUGUGUCCGCACGGUCCGCUUCAUCAUGAAAGACAGCUUUGAGGAGAAGAUGCUUCAGCUGCAGGAGAAGAAGAAGAAGCUGGCCAGCCUCAGCAUGGACCGGGAUCCCAAUGACAGGAUUCUUGACCGCACUGAGGCCGCGAGACAGCGCCUGAUGGAUCUGCGCAGUCUCUUCAAAUAA